CAUGCGCAGGACGGGUCCUGCUUCUGGUGACAACCAGGAAGUGAAACAGCAGCAGAAAAACAUGGCUUCCAGGUUACUGCUUCGCAGCGCGUUCAGAGCCGCAACCAGCCGGCCGGUUGCCCGGACUCCCGCUGCUGUCCGAGGGAUGGCUGCUGGGGGUAUUCCCACUGAUGAGGAGCAGGCCACCGGGCUGGAGAAGAUCAUCAUGAAGGCCAUGAAGGAGGGAGCCGAUCCUUACAAUAUGAUGAAGCCAAAGACGUAUGCUGGCUCCAAGGCCGACCCCCACCUGGUUCCAUCCAUCACUGACAAGAGGAUCGUGGGCUGUGUCUGUGAAGAAGACAACACAGCAGUGGUCUGGUUUUGGCUUCAUGAAGGUGAGGUCCAUCGCUGUCCAUCCUGUGGCUCCCACUACAAGCUGGUGCCUCAUGAGCUCCCCCACUAACCUGCAGCCUGGUGCUGAUGGGGCUUCGUCCUCGUGGCUGCUGCACACUCCUGCACCAUUCAGCUCAUCUUACUGCAGCAGUCCUUCCUCUUCAAGAACAUUGGGGCUGUCAUCCCCACCCUGUGGAGCGCGUGAUGGGC